AUGGUGCGCUUCGAUGUCCGCCCCGAGCUGACUCUGCAUGGUAACAAUGAGACGUCGGCCAGGGUGAACUUCCGUUUCAACCACGGCCCAAACCAGAUUGACGUGCGCGUCGCCGACCGUUCCAUCAAGAACGGGAACUUUACCACCGAUGGCGUCUUCCUGGCCCUCCGUAACGGGCAGGGGCUGGAGCUCGAGUACGAUGUGGCCACCAAGUCCCCACUCGUGCGGAUCAAGUCGAGCGUGGUUGUCGCCGACCGCCUGGUCUUCGUCAAGUACGCGCAUGCCCUGAAGUCCAACGCUGCGCACCUCCGCCUGGAGCACCAGGUGGAUGCCAACAACAUCGCGAAGCUGGACUACAACACCGUCGGCUUUGAGGGGCUCAACAGCAAGGACGUGACGCUGCGCUGGAGCCAUCGCCAGGGCGACUUCAUCGUGGAGCCCUCCUUCAACCUGGGUACUGAGAGCGCCGCCAUCACCGCCAGGUACAACCUGGACCUCAACAACCGCGUGACCGCCCACCUCGACUUGGGCACCAACGUUGGCGUCCUGGCCUGGAUCAACCGCGGCGUGGAUGGCGACCUGAGGGUGGUUGCUCGCGCUGAGCUGGACAAGGACUCCACGCAGUCCCGACCGACCCUGACCGUGUCCAAGACCUGGACCCUGGACAAGUAG